AUGAGCGGCGCCAUUGAAGCCGUACACAUCUUUGAUGACAACAGAAGUCCGAUACUAUCCCACGCCUACGCCGGCCGGCCGCUGGCCGCCGCCCAGCUCUUACCCCUCUACCUCGAGCACGCUGCCCCGCGGCCGAACCUGAUAUAUCUCGCCAACACAAACCCGCCGACGCUUGUUUUCAGUCUGACACACGGGCAUCUGCUCUUUCUGGCGACGUCAUCGAGUGAGAUUGAGCCGCUGCUGGUGCUCGAGUUUCUGCACCGCAUCAUCGAUGCGUUUGAGGACUUUGUGGGCGCGCCGCUGCUCGCGGUGAAGAUUGAAAACAACUAUGAUAUUGUCGCACAACUUCUGACGGAGAUGUGUGAUGCCGGAAACGUGAGCACAACCGAGCCUAAUGCGCUGCGGGAGGUUGUGGAAGUAGAAGGCUGGGUCGACAAGCUGCUGGGAAGCAUCAACUUGCCUGGAAAAUUACAGUCCAAUUCUGGCUCGAACACACCUGCGAUAUUACCCACGACAGGGACAGCAUUACCAUGGCGGCGAGCAAACGUACGACAUACCUCGAAUGAAAUGUACGCCGAUGUCGUCGAGACCUUGUCAGUUACGCUUGCACCUUCCGGAAGACCACUGGCUGCAUUUGCAAACGGAACAAUUGCAUUCACGGCCAAGGUGUCCGGAGUACCGGAUAUAACGGUCAACCUCACUAGCCCUUCUGGCAAACACAACCUGGGAAGCUUUAUGGAGCUACCUGUUUUUCAUCCUUGCGUCAGACUAAAUAGGUGGAAGGAAAGGCCAGGCGAGCUGAGCUUUAUUCCGCCGGACGGUCGCUUUAUUCUGGCAGGCUACGAAGUCGAUCUGCUUCCGUUUACAAGCGGCAAGUCUGGCAAUCUCAGCAGCAGCUCCCUCAAGCUGCCCGUGAAUCUGGAGAUGAAGACUGGCAUGGGACCAACUGGUUCAGAGUUUGAGGUACGGCUACAAGUAAACAAAAUAUUCGGCACUCCUGGGUCAUCAUCAUCCAGCCAGCUAGGGCGAGGAGGCGGCCCGGGCCGUCUUGGAUCCCCGCAUCCUGGCACGCCAGCCUCACCGUCGCUCGACGACUUGGUUGUUACGAUCCCCCUACCUACUGAUGUUAGAAACCUUUCCGAUAUACGCCCGAGCAGGGGCGAUGCCAGCUUCAACCCGGGGCAAAGGAUAUUAGAGUGGCACAUCCCGGCCAAGGAGCUGAGCGGACCAACGUCACAUUUCGGAUUGCGCAGCACUGUUGUGGGGGCUCUGAGCAACGAGCCGCAAGAGGACGCAUUCGACCCCAGCGGGUUUGGGUUCGGACAGGACUAUUCAUACAAUGAGCCGUACCAGAGCGUGCCGGUGGCCAAUGUUGCGCAAGGGAGCCAUGGCAGCAAGGCAAAGGAGAGCGGCAGCGGCGAGCAGGAUGCCAAGAAAGCAGCGCAAAACAAGAUUUUGAUGCCCAGCUCUGCAUCGGUCAAUUUCUCCGUCAAGGGCUGGCUGGCAAGCGGGCUAAAAGUGGACAGCAUCGUGCUAGACACACGCAAAAGCAGGGGCCUGGGAGAGGGUGUCAAGCCCUACAAGGGGGUCAAGUACCUGACGGUUAGCAAAGGCGGCGUGGAGUUGAGAUGCUAG